GUCAGAUUCAGGACAGGACCAGGUCAGAUUCAGGGCAUGGUCAGAUUCAGGACAGCACCAAGUCAGAUUCAGGACAGGACCAGGUCAGAUUCAGGACAGGACCAGGUCAGAUUCAGGACAGGACCAGGUCAGAUUCAGGACAGGACCAGGUCAGAUUCAGGACAGCACCAGGUCAGAUUCAGGACAGCACCAGGUCAGAUUCAGGACAGCACCAGGUCAGAUUCAGGACAGGACCAGGUCAGAUUCAGGACAGCACCAGGUCAGAUUAGAACAGGACCAGGUCAGAUUCAGGACAGGACCAGGUCAGAUUCAGGACAGCACCAGGUUAGAUUAGAACAGGACCAGGUCAGAUUCAGGACAGCACCAGGUCAGAUUCAGGACAGCACCAGGUCAGAUUCAGGACAGCACCAGGUCAGAUUCAGGACAGCACCAGGUCAGAUUCAGGACAGCACCAGGUCAGAUUCAGGACAGGACCAGGUCAGAUUCAGGACAGGACCAGAUCAGAUUCAGGACAGCAUCGGGUCAGAUUCAGGACAGCACCAGGUCAGAUUCAGGACAGCACCAGGUCAGAUUCAGGACAGCACCAGGUCAGAUUCAGGACAGCACCAGGUCAGAUUCAGGACAGCACCAGGUCAGAUUCAGGACAGCACCAGGUCAGAUUCAGGACAGCACCAGGUCAGAUUCAGGACAGGACCAGGUCAGAUUCAGGACAGGACCAGAUCAGAUUCAGGACAGGACCAGGUCAGAUUCAGGACAGCACCAGGUCAGAUUCAGGACAGCACCAGGUCAGAUUCAGGACAGGACCAGGUCAGAUUCAGGACAGCACCAGGUCAGAUUCAGGACAGGACCAGGUCAGAUUCAGGACAGCACCAGGUUAGAUUAGAACAGGACCAGGUCAGAUUCAGGACAGCACCAGGUCAGAUUCAGGACAGCACCAGGUCAGAUUCAGGACAGCACCAGGUCAGAUUCAGGACAUCAGUGACGUUCCUCAGUAAACCAGACAGAGACAAGGCUGCAGGAUGAGAUACCCAUCAUCCACAGAACAGUACAACCACAACACACAGUUCAGUAAGCAAUAAAGUGUCUCGUCUGUCAGGCUGGGCUGCUGUGUCCCGUAGAAAAACUCCUCCCUCUGAAGGACUAGAGUGGAGAGAGGAGGAGAGAGAGGGAGAGGAGGAGGGUAGGAGAGAGAGGGAGGGGAGGAGAGGGAGGGAGAGGAGGAGGGGAGGAGAGGGAGGGAGAGGAGGAGGGGAGGAGAGAGACGUGAUCCUGGGCUGCUGUGUUCCAUCGUAAAACAACUCCCUCUGACUAAUUGGUUUUAUAAGAGCAUCCAGGGACGAGAGAGAGGGAGAGGAGGAGAAAGAGAGGGAGAGGAGGAGAAAGAGAGGGAGAGGAG